UUCUUCUCUUUCUCCGACGUGUCAGUCCUCUUGUGUCCAGAGCCGAGCAGCAGACAGACCGGUCAACUCGCCGACAUGGCUCCUAAAGGCAGCAACAAGCAGCAGUCAGAGGAAGACCUUCUCCUUCAGGACUUCAGCAGAAACCUUUCAGCCAAGUCCACUGCUCUGUUUUACGGAAACGCACUCAUCGUUUCUGCCAUCCCCAUCUGGCUGUUUUGGAGGAUUUGGCACAUGGACCUUGUCCAGUCUGCAGUCUUGUACGCUGUGAUGACCCUGGUCAGCACCUACCUGGUGGCCUUUGCGUACAAGAACGUCAAGUUUGUUCUCAAACACAAAGUUGCCCAGAAACGUGAGGAUGCCGUUUCCAAGGAGGUGACCAGGAAGCUGUCCGAGGCAGAUAACCGCAAGAUGUCCCGCAAGGAGAAAGACGAGAGGAUCCUAUGGAAGAAGAAUGAGGUUGCCGACUACGAAGCCACCACCUUCUCCAUCUUCUAUAACAACACCCUCUUCCUGGUGCUCGUCAUCGUCUCCUCCUUCUUCUUGCUCAAGAACUUCAACCCCACCGUCAACUACAUUCUGUCCAUCAGUGCCUCCUCAGGACUCAUCGCUCUGCUGUCUACAGGCUCCAAGUAAAGGAGGAAGAAAAGGGGAAUAAAAGCUGGGGGGAUGAGGGGUGGGAUUGGAUUGGGUAGGGAGUGGGUUAAAGAUGGGUUUACACUAUACAGUUUUUCACUUAAGUUGGGAAUGGGGGUUAAGGGACCGAAAUACCACAUUUCAACUUCAUGAAAUUCAUGAUCAAAUGUCUGGAGGGUGUUACUCCAGGUCUGUCUCUGUUUUUUGUAACAAAUAAACGACCAGGAAUAUCUGUU